AGAGAGAGAGAAGAAGAAGAAGAAGAAGAAGAAGAAGAAGAAGUCUAAUCAGAAGAGGAGAGGGACGGAAGACAGACAGCCAGCCUUUCCACUGGUAAAAGGAGACACCGCUGAGGGACCGUAGCAUCAUCCCCCCUCCAGCAGCACAGAGGAGCACUGUCUCAUCUCGUGCAUGUGUUUGUGCCUGCCAACUUCAAUUUCACACUCGCCUACUGUUUUUCGUAGGUUUUGUCCUCUCCACUCCCCAGUCAUGAUCCCUUGGGUGCUUCUGCUCCUGUGGAUCUCCGGACAUGGGGUGGAAGCCAUGUUUUCCCAGCAGCCUCAGGACCUGGUGGUGGUGGCAGGUCAGCCCGUGACGUUACCGUGCUCCAUCCCCGGGUACCAAGGCGUCGUCCUGUGGAUCAAAGACGGCCUGGCACUGGGAGUCGGGAGAGACCUCUCUGGCUACCCUCGUUACACCGUGAUCGGCGACCACAGUUCAGGGGAGUAUCAUCUGCGCAUCCAGCAUGUCGAACUGAUGGACGACUCUGUGUUUGAGUGCCAGGCGGUCCAGGCUGCCAUGAGGUCCCGCCCUGCCCGUCUCACUGUGCUGGUUCCACCAGAAGAACCGGUCAUCAGUGGAGGACCAGUCGUGAGCCUGAGGGCCGGCGACCCUCUCAACCUGACCUGCCAUGCUGACAACGCCAAACCUGCAGCCUCCAUCAUCUGGAUCCGCAACGGAGAGGUCCUGAACGGGGCCAUGUACUCCAAGACCUUGCUCCGGGACGGCAGGAGAGAAAGCACCGUGAGCACGCUCUACCUAUCGCCUUCCAACAUCGAGACGGGUCAGCAGAUCAUCUGCAAGGCCUCCAACAAGGCCGUGCCCAACGGCAAGGAGACCAGUGUCACGAUUGACAUUCAGCAUCUCCCUCUUGUCAAUCUCUCCGUGGAGCCGCAGCCAGCCCUGGAGGGCAACCUGGUGAAAUUCCACUGCUCUGCAAAAGCCAACCCUCCUGUCACGCUGUACAGGUGGGCCAAAGGAGGAAGCAUCAUCAAGGAGGUCUCCUGGAGACACUACGAGGUGAUCGUGGACCACUCCUUCUUCAACGAGCCUGUUUCCUGCGAGGUGACCAACCCGCUGGGCAAGCACCAACAUCAGCCGCACGUGGACGUCUACUUCGGCCCCCGCAGAGCAGAACCUCAGUCCUUGCAGGUGGAUCUGGGGUCAGACGCGGUCUUCAACUGCGCCUGGACAGGAAAUCCCUCUCUCACCAUCGUGUGGAUGAAAAGAGGCUCUGGAGUGGUUCUGAGCAACGAGAACCUUCUGACACUUAAAUCUGUGAGACAAGAAGACGCCGGGAAGUAUGUCUGCCGCGCCGUGGUCCCGCGCGUCGGAGCAGGAGAGAAGGAGGUUUCUCUCACAGUCAACGGACCCCCUACUAUCUCCAGCACACAGACUCAGCAAGCUCUGCAUGGAGAGAAAGGACAAAUCAAGUGUUUUAUUCGGAGUACACCACCUCCAGACCGCAUCGCUUGGUCAUGGAAGGAAACGGUGCUGGAGUCCGGAACCUCUGGCCGCUACACCGUGGAGACCGUCAACACGGAGGAGGGAGUCAUCUCCACCUUGACAAUGAGCAACAUCGUCCCGACCGACUUCCAGACCAUCUACAACUGCACGGCGUGGAACAGCUUCGGCUCCGACACCGAGAUCAUUCGUCUGAAGGAACAAGGUGGGAGCCAAGAAUCCCUUCCAGUGGCGGUGAUCAUCGGCAUUGCUGUGGGAGCCUUCGUGGCCUUCAUUGUCGUCAUGGGCACCAUCGGAGCAUUCUGCUGCACCCGCUCUCAGAGAAAGGAAGCGCACCUGGUUAUGCCCUCACUGCCCGUCUCCAUCUGUGCUCACCAGAGAGAACUUGCAAGCAAAAUUAAGACAGAAAAUCUGAAAGGAGUGGUGUCGGCAAAAAACGACAUCCGUGUGGAAAUCGUGCACAAAGACCACAACGCGGCGCGAGAAAAUGAAGAACACACCUCCAUGAAACAACUGAUGGUUGAGCGGGGAGAGUUCCAGCAGGAGUCAGUUUUGAAGCAGUUGGAAGUAUUACAAGAGGAGGAGAAGGAGUAUCAGCACAUUAAGGAUCCUACAAAUGGCUACUACAGCGUCAAUACCUUCAAGGAGCACCACACGCCCACCAUGGCGGGGAAUCAGACCCCCGAGGUCCGGAACCCCACCAGCACCGGUACCCUGGGUAAACAGAGGGUACCGACGGGAAUGUCCUUCACCAACAUCUACUCCACCCUGGGGGCGGGUCCCAACCGCCUCUACGACUACAGCCAGCGCUUCGUGUUGGGCAUGGGCAGCAGCUCCAUCGAGCUGUGCGAGCGGGAGUUCCAGCGCGGCUCGCUCAGCGACUCCAGCUCGUUCAUCGACACGCAGUGCGACAGCAGCGUCAGCAGCUACAGUAAGCCGGACGGCUACGUGCAGUUCGACAAAGACAGCAAGGCGUCGGCCUCCUCCUCGUCCCACUACUCCCAGUCGUCCUCUCAGAACUCAGACCUCACCCGGCCCCUGCAGAAGCGCAUGCAGACCCACGUCUGACCUCAGUAGCGGGGAGGGUGGUUUGCACGGGUUGUAACGAGCAGCCAGGAUUGUAAAACUGUGAAAGAAUCGGCUCCCAGGAUCUCCUGAAAAGCAACAUUGUUACAAUGUGUUUCCGUAUUGCCAGAAGACGCCAGAGCGAGUGGGCUUUUAACACACCUACGCCGGACUUGCUUGGACUUCUCACCGUCCCAAAAAGUGGAUCAAGAAGCCUUACACUUCUUCAUGGUUAACUCAUCGACUCCCUCCUUUAUUUAACCCAUGAUACAAUCGUGCCACAGAGAGGUUAUUUGCCAACACAGACACUAAGACACGUUUGGAAUUUGAACAUCACAGCGUCUGCGGUGAGACUGUCAGCAGAUCAGAGGGCAGGAAAACAAGGCUUUGUGUGACAAUCAGCUCCCCUGGCAUGGACCAGUUUUGCUUUUUGGAGAUUGUCUUUCAGAACAAAAAAAAAAAAAAAAAACUCGAUUGUUGUUAUGAGGGUCGAAGCGCUCAGCACAAACUGCCUGAUAAUGAGUGCAAGCCAAUGUCCUGCUGCUCUCGUGUAGUUCCAAGCACAAAAUUGAAUGUGCACGUGCUUGUUUUUUUUUUUUUUGUUUUUU